UUCUAAUUAUGACUCCAUUGGUCUGUUGACUCAUUUGUAUGUAUGCUUCUUGGUGUAGGGUAUCACAGACCUCAUUUAAAGCAUCUGCCUUGUCUUCAGGAGGUUUCAAUGGAGAUGACUUUUCUAAUGGACCCCAGAAAAUGAGCGCAGCAUUUCUGUCAGCUUUGUUCAACUGGUCUUGAAUUUCAUAACAAAUCUGCCUAUUUUUCCCAAACCACACCAAGCUGGAAUGGAUGAAUGUGGCAGUGACAAUUCUCGAGCAAGAGAACAGUAUCUAUGAACAGCAUGAGCGUCGGUGAGCAAUUCUGGACUGAUGAGGACUCAGAUGGGGACAGCGAUAGUGAGGAAUUCUUCUACAGCGUCCAGAGUCAUUAUGCCACUGACCUGAGUCGACACCCUCAGCUGGACAUAGAUGUUGGCGCAGUGAAAGACAUCUAUUCUGAAAGUGCUGUUUCUGUAAGGGAGUAUGAGACCAUUGAUGAUGUGGAUGUCGACCUACACAUUAAUAUCAGUUUCCUGGAAGAGGAAGUGGCCUCAGCAUGGAAGGUCAACAGAACAGAGCCAAUCAUUUUACGCCUUCGGUUCUCACUGUCCCAGUAUUUGGAUGGACCAGAACCAACAGUGGAGGUAUUCCAACCAACUUGUAAAGAUGGCUUCAGUCUUGGUGUACAGCUUAAAAGAAUUAUCUGCACGUUUAUAUCAAAUCAAUGGAAGCAUCUCAGUAACGAGUUCUUGAAUGCACAACAGAGGAAGAGACACAGUUGGUUCAAAGCUGGAGGAACCAUCAAGAAGUUUCGAGCUGGACUCAGCAUCUUCUCACCAAUAACCAAGUGCUCCAGUGUUCCUCUGAUCCAGGGUCCUGGGAUGAGGGGAAGGUCAAAUGGCCAGGAAAUGAGAGUGACCCGUUUGAUGAGUCGCUCUGUGUCCUGUACCAAAGGAGAGCUGCACACCCCCAGCCCGAUCGGACAGAGUGUGUCUGUCCCGGGCUCAAAAUCCACCGUGCACAUCACAACCAGACAGCUCAUCCAGCUGUUCUUCUCCUCACAAGCUCUCAUCCACUGCAAGAGCACCCCAACCCUGGAGUAUGGCUUCCUUGUACAGGUUAUGAAGUACUCAGAACAGAGAAUCCCCACUCUGAAUGAUUAUUGUUUGGUCUGUGAUGAACAGCAUGUCUUUCAAAAUGGCUCCAUGCUCAAGCCAGCUGUUUGUACGAGAGAGCUGUGUGUGUUCUCCUUCAACACUCUGGGUGUGAUGUCAGGGGCUGCGGAGGAUGUUGCCACAGGAGCUGAGUUAGUGGACCUGCUGGUGGCAAUGUGUCGUGCUGCUCUUGAAUCUGCUCGUAAAAGCAUCAUCUUUGACCCCUACCCCUCUGUCGUUGACCCUCAUGACCCCAAGACUUUGGCCUUCAACCCAAAGAAAAGAAGUUAUGAGCGGCUACAGAGAGCUUUGGACAGCAUCACAUCAAUUCGUGAAAUUUCACAAGGCCCUUAUGUCGAAAUAAAGAAACAGAUGGAUAAAAUGGACCCACUUGCACAUCCUCUACUGCAGUGGAUUAUAUCCAGCAACAGGUCUCACAUUGUCAAACUCCCCUCGAGUAGGCAACUCAAGUUCAUGCACACCUCCCAUCAGUUCCUGCUACUCAGCAGUCCUCCCACUAAAGAGGCCUGAUUCCGCACCGCCAGGAAACUCCAUGGCAGCACUUUUGCUUUUCAUGGUUCUCAUAUAGAAAACUGGCACUCUAUUCUACGAAAUGGACUUGUCAAUGCCUCCUACACAAAACUGCAGCUUCAUGGGGCGGCCUAUGGGAAGGGCAUCUACCUCAGCCCCAUUUCCAGCAUCUCAUUUGGGUACUCAGGAAUGGGAAAGGGACAGCACCAUAUGCCUACUAAAGAGGAAUUAGUACAACGCUACAACCGGGUCAACACUGUCUUACAGUGUCGGCCCACACAAUCACGGUUUCUUCAGAGUCGGAAUCUGAACUGUGUUGCUCUGUGUGAGGUAAUAACAUCCAAAGAUCUCCAGAAACAUGGUAAUAUUUGGGUUUGCCCGAUUUCUGAUCACGUCUGCACACGGUUCUUUUUCGUGUAUGAAGAUGGUCAGGUAGGAGAUGCUAAUAUCAACACACAGGCCGUCCAGAUACAGAAAGAGAUAUUGCGGACGAUUGGGGGGCAGUCGACCUGACUGACCUGUUCACUAGUGUGAUACUUUGAAACAUUUUAAGAAAGAAGCAUAUAAACUGGAUAAAGGGAUGGCAUUACCUCUAACAAAGUAUUUUGAGUGUGUUAGCCUCCUGUCAUGUUUGUCUACAUGGAAAGAAGUGAGAAAAUAAAAGUUGUGUAAAUUUUUUUAUAAACAUUUUAUUAACUUAUUUCUCAUUUAGUCGUUAUUUAUGUUAUGUUUGCAGUUUUACGUUUUCUACGUCAUGGAAAGUGCUGUUAUUGAAUUAGCGCUAAUUUUACAGACGCUGUAAUUGGAGAAAUGUCUCAUUGCCGUUUAUGUCCAUUGGGGGGCACUAUUUCCCAAGCUACGCAUCAGGAAAAAACGAUGCGUUUACAUCUGCAGUUAUGGAUGAUUCAACAUUCAGCGUUAUCAAUCCCUGCCUGUUGUCUGUAUACUCUAGUGUAAUGCAGCCUGUCCACACACAUCACAUUAGUAUGCUUUUUAUUUUCAUGAGAAUGUUGUGAUGUCAGUCAUCUGUAAUGGAUUGAAACCUUAUAACAUGAAAGUUAACAAGAGGUGGACAUAGUGCUCUUGUGCACUCUAAGAGAGUUUACAGCUGCCAAUAAAUGACACAGAAAUUAUGUUAUUGGUGAUACAAGAACACGAAGACAUUUACGAUUCUGUCUUUAACUCUCAUUUAUGUAAUGUAUAUCUGAAGCAGAGGCAACGUUGCAGUUUAAUGUAGCCCACAUUUGUAAAUCAGCAC